ACUGAUACUAUCGUCAUAUUCUGCACUCUUAUUCCAAAAAAUAUAGGCAAAACAUGCAGAUCACCCCCUUAACUCACCCAUUGGUGGCAAAUCACCCCCUCAACCCACUUUACAUGCAAAUCACCCCCUCAACUCACCUAUAGUGGCAAAUCACCUUCUUUGUUAACGCAGCUUUUAACGGUCCUCAUAAGCCUUGCGUCUGACAUGACCUUUUUUUGGAGAUGGAUGCUGAGUUGGAGGUGCCACGGUCAAAUACCCAAAAUCAUCAAAUCAAUCAAAUUACUCUUAUCCCUUAAAUUGUUUAGGGAAAUAAAAUUGGGAAUUUGGGGAUCUAGGGUUUUACUUCGUUUGCUAACUUCUAUCAUCUUCUUCCCUUCUUUGUCCCCAAAUCCGUCUCUUCCCCAAGAAGCACGAUCAAUUAUUUGAGGUGCAAGAGUCCAGCUUCGAUGGGGUGUCGUUUUCGAGAGUAGUGUUCAACCUCUCCACCACAAUUGUUGGAGCCGGGAUCAUGGCGCUCUAGGCGGUUGUCAAGCAAUUGGGUCUAAUUCCGGGCGUGGUCAUGAUCAUGUUGGUCGCUAUGUUGAUGAAGUCGUCAAUUGAUUUGUUACUUAAAUUCAGUCGAGCCUCAAAAUCCACCACAUAUCCAAGCGCAACAGUAGACGCUUCCGACAAGGCUGGCUGCACGAUUCUUCAAUUUUGCAUUAUCAUCAACAACUCGGGAAUGCUCGUUGUCUACAUGAUCAUCAAUGAGGGUUAUAUUUAUAAUCAACAACUUAGGAAACCUGAGUUUAUAUUAAUGUGAGGGUAAUGGGUUUUGCAUAAUAUCACCAAUGAGGAAGAAAAGCUUAAUUAGCUGUGAUUUUUAUUUUCACCACUUUCUAACCAAUCUAGUUGCGUUUUCAUUGAAAUUGUGGGUAGCAGCUAGUUGCAUAUUUUGCAAAUUGACCUUGUUAUUCACUCCUACCUAUGUCUAAACAUUUGUAUUCAAAAUUUUAAUUGGCAUUUGGAACUCAAAUUAAUUGGUAGAUUUAAU